AUGACCGACUCCGGCAAAGUCUACCACCGCUCGUGCACCGGACCAGCUCUCCAAACUGUCGAACAACACGCUCAAGACCAAGACAUCACACUCUUCGCAAGCUGUUUUUGCCCAUUCGUACAACGCGUAUGGACUGCGCUUGAAUAUCUCGAGAUUCCUUACAAAUAUUACGAAGUCGAUCCCUAUCAAAAAUCACAAGAACUACUAAACGUCUCGCCGAAAGGCCUAGUCCCAGCGCUCAUGCUCAAUACUUUCAAUCCGCCUCGUGCGCUCAACGAAAGCACCGUCAUCCUCGACUUUCUCGAAGAUAUCGCUGCAAAGUCAACGCACAGAAGCCUCUUCCCGCCAUCAACAGAUCCAUAUGCGAAAGCGCUCGUCCGGCUCCAAUCAGAUCAUAUCAGCCGAACGCUCGUGCCCGCGUUUUACAAGUAUCUUCAAGCUCAAGAUCCAGAGGCGCAAAUUUCUGGAGGGAAAGAGUUUCACGCAGCUAUUCAAUCAUUAGUCGAGCUUUUCGAACGAGCGGAAAGAGAGGUGGGGGGGACAGGGCUUUGGGUUGAAGGUGGCGGUUUGGGAUGGGCGGACGUCAUGGUCGCACCAUGGAUAUUCAGAGCGACUAAUGCGUUGAAACACUACCGCGGGUUUGAAAUGCCGCGAGGAACCAAAUUUGAAGCUUGGCUAGGGAGGCUUUUUGAGCAUCCUGCGUUUAAGAAGACUUGUAGUGACGAAGAGUUGUAUCUGGACAGUUAUGAGCGAUAUGCAUUUAAUCGCCCGAACACGAGUCAGGUGGCUAAUGCGAUUAAUAGCGGGAGGGGCUUACCUUGA